GGGAACCUGAAUGUAGCAUAAGUAUCAGGAUGUGACGCAAUGACGCCACUUACGCAAGUGACAUCAUUCAAGAUGGCAGCGCUGGCGUCCUUGAUGCUGAAGUCUAGAACAGGUACCAUGAGCUAAAUUCUUGCUUUAAUACCAGUGCAAACACGACAAAAAUGUGUUUUUGAAUGUUACAAUACAGUGAAUUAAGUUAAUAUCCUCAAAAGUUAAAAAAUGUAAGGUUAAUGUGAGCACAUGUGACACACUAAUGUAGGCUAACGUAAAGGUGAUCUGUUUUAAACAAAAAAAUAGUGAUAUAUAGUGCUUUUAUGGUGUUUUCUACUUGCUCUAUGAUCUGAUUUACUUCCUGUUCUCCUGGUUCCAGGCCUGCUGGUACCGGGUCAGCCCGCUCUCCUGGACUGGGUUCGGUUUGCAUCAAAGAAAUCUGGAGGAAGCUCCAAAAACGUCGGAGGAAAGAGUCCAGGGAGGAGAUAUGGAUUCAAGAAACAGGAUGGUAAUACAGUUUCACUUCUCAACAGCUGUUUUAACAACUGUAACCACCAGCGAACAGGGUAACACAUUAAAAUAAAACACCAGCUCAUGCAUACAACACCUGUAAGGGUUUUUAUUAGCUGCUGGACUCAGAUCUACAGCAGAGCAUCAACACAUGUUGAUUAAAUUAUGUUAUGCCAAGAAGAAACAUUAUGAAUUGACCCAGAAAUGCUAUGGACUUCAUUAGACCUGGACCAUUUAAGAUGGACUGAGGUAAAUUUGAGAAUCUGCUAGGGGUGGGAGAAAAAAUCAAUUCACAUAAGUAUCGUGAUUUUUUUGUUUUACUCAGAUGUUUCAUGAAUGUAGGUUGAUCACUGAUUUCUCUUUCCGUUUGUCCACCAGGUAAUUUUGUCCAUGCAGGAAACAUCCUGGCAACACAGAAACUGUUCAGGUAUCAUCCAGGAGCUCAUGUAAGUCAAACUUUCUGUCUCUAAAAGUGUUGAUCUGAUGCAGUAAUCAUGGACCUGUUUUAAGCCUGAAUCUUCUCCCUGUCCGUCUUUAGGUUGGGAUGGGGACCAACAAGACGCUAUACGCUCUAGAGGAUGGCUACGUCAGGUUCACCAAAGAGGUCUACAUCCCUGCACCCCGAAGCCCUGAGGCCACCAAGGUCAUAACCAAGCUGCCUCAAGGAGCCAUACUCUACAAGACCUUCAUCAGUGUCAUACCGACUAAACAGGAGGGCAAAUUCAAACUGGUGGACAUGGUCUGAAACAGACUGGACACAUGAAGAGAUGGUUCUCCUUAUUCCUAAAGUGUUCAUGAAGUGAGUGGGAUCAGGAUGGACUUGCUUUGACUGACUCUUCUGGCUGAUUCUCAGAGGUCUGAGUGAAGACCUUUGUAUCAGAAUGGAAGAAAUCAGAGACACUUUUCAACUCUGUACCUGAGUUCAACACUUCUGUGGGUCGCUCUGAUGGACUUUGUUGGCCGGCAUUUGACUUUGUUGGAUAGAACUUUUCUGUUUAUUUACACUGAAAGAAAUGUUUGAAGAUUUCCAGCGAAAUUCACCAUUUUUUUCUAAUUGGAGGCAUCAGAAGGGAGCUUAAAAACUAUCGGCAACAACACUCUGUCUCCAGAAUAAGAUUAAAAAAGGAAAAUCCCUGGGAUUUGAAAGAAAAAAAAGGAACCAUAUUGAAAUAGUCAUAAUGGUCACCUACAAGUCUAAAGUGAUGAGGUCUCACAGCCCUCAAGAGCUAAAGUGCUGUAAUUGUAAUACAGAGAUGUGUUGUAUGUGCUCUAUUAAAGUUUUCUAAAUUAAGUCUA